AAGAAGGAAAAUGCUUCUCCCACUUGGUAUGAUCUUCUAUUACGUAUUUUCUGAUAAUAAUUAUGGUAUAUAAGUGAAGCUUAUAAUUGUCUCAAGUGAGGUGCUGCUAGAACUUCCUCCUUAUUAAAUGCUUGACUUAAUUAGAUCGAUUCUUUUAAGCAAAUCAUAAAAAGCUACGUGACAGAUAUUUGAAAGAACAAUCAGAGAUGAACAUGAGAUGCCUACCGAAGUUUAUUUAGUUAAUAAUCAUUAUAAAGUUUCAUUCAUUUUACAAGGCUACGGAUUAUCUUGACAUAGCACUGUCUCAUUCAUAGCAUCCUAAGUUCUUGGAGUUUAUUCCAGUUACCGGAUCUAUGGGAGUGUGAACUGAGUGAUUUUUGUGCAUUGUCUGAUUCAAUAGCACUUCAAUAGGAUAAAGCAAUUGCGAAAUAAUAUUUUUCGUUAAAAAGACGUUCCAGAUAUUUUUCGUAAAAUACCUGGAAUUAUCCAUGGCACCCAUGGUGUGAUUCAGUUCAAGGUGGAUCUCGGAACUUUUUAUUUUCUCACGAUGACCCGUAGUGAGGACCGUGAGAUAACGGAAGUCCGGCUUCAACGAUAACGGCUAAUUAUUCCAUAAUGAGAUAAACCGGGAUUAUUUUCAAAAUUAGUUAAGUUCGACGAGGAUCACGAUGUGGCCACGAUUGAGGAGAUCAUGCCGCGCGUGGACGAUCGCUCUUUCGAUCGUUCUGUUGAUGGGAAUAUUUUUUGUUUGGCCAUGGAAAAGACGGGAGACUGAAGAUUCUCGAGAUGAUUACGUUUCACUUCGGCUUUUGGAUAAUCAAAGGGAUUACAUAGAUCGUCGUGGAAUACAUGUGGUAGUAGGUCAUUACAUUGGAGACUCCGUGGACCCUUUGAAAGUCCCAAAUAUUACGAAAGAUCUCAUUAAUAAAAACAUGUUUAAUCCACGGCCGUCUGAGGGGAAGAAUGGAAGCCCGGUUCUCGUUCCGGCAAAAGACUUUUACCAAAUGCAACAGCUCUUCCAAAUCAACCGUUUUAAUUUGAUGGCCAGCGAUAGAAUACCUUUAAAUCGGUCCUUACCCGACGUUAGACGCAAAGGGUGCAUCCCACGAUAUGCAAAUUUGAGUGAUUUACGCAAAACAUCGAUAAUUAUCGUCUUCCAUAACGAAGCUUGGAGUACGUUACUUAGAACCGUAUACAGUGUUAUUAAUAGAUCACCGAGGCAUUUAUUGGAGGAAAUAAUUCUCGUAGAUGAUAACAGUGAUAGAGAGUUUUUAAAACAUGAGUUAGAUAAACAUGUCAAGAAUUUACGGGUCCCCACCAAAGUUCUGCGGUCUAGAAAACGUAUAGGUUUAGUGAAUGCGAGACUUCUGGGGGCAAAUGAGGCUAAAGGUGAAGUUCUCACAUUCUUGGAUGCCCAUUGCGAAUGCACGGUUGGGUGGUUGGAGCCUCUACUCGAAGCGGUUUCAAAGAAUAGAACGAGGGUAGUAUCCCCUGUUAUCGACAUCAUAAACGAUGAAACUUUUAGCUACACUCGAUCUUUCGAAUUGCAUUGGGGUGCAUUUAAUUGGGAUUUACAUUUCCGCUGGUUAACGCUAAAUGGUCGAUUGCUGAAAGAGAGGCGCGACAACAUUUUUGAACCAUUUAGAACGCCCGCGAUGGCUGGAGGUUUAUUUUCCAUGAACAGAGAUUAUUUCUUCGAACUCGGUAGUUACGAUGAACAGAUGAAGAUCUGGGGCGGUGAAAAUUUGGAAAUGUCAUUUCGCGUAUGGCAAUGCGGUGGCAGUAUUGAAAUUGCUCCAUGUUCCCAUGUCGGUCAUCUGUUUCGAAAAUCAUCCCCCUAUACGUUCCCAGGCGGUGUCGGGGAAAUACUGUACGGAAAUCUUGCUAGAGUGGCUUUAGUUUGGAUGGAUGAAUGGGCGGAAUUUUAUUUUAAGUUUAAUGCAGAGGCGUCUAGAUUAAGGGACAAACAACCAAUACGAGCUAGACUGGCGUUACGUAAAAGAUUGCAAUGUAAAAGUUUCGAAUGGUACUUGGAUAACGUGUGGCCCGAACACUUUUUUCCAAAAAGUGAUCGUUUUUUUGGAAGGAUCGUACACGUUUCAACGAAGAAGUGUAUUAUGCGACCAACUGCAAAAGGGACGUAUUCGCAACCUUCGGGAUACGCGCUUCUUGAGUCGUGUAUCCUACGACCGGCGCUUAGUCAGAUGUUUGUGAUGUCAAAAAGUGGGAUUAUAAUGACAGACGAAAGCGUCUGCUUGGACGCGCCUGAUCAUGACACUCAGCACAAGACACCAAGGGUUAAAAUAAUGGCUUGCAGCGGUCAUAAUAGGCAAAAUUGGCAAUACGACGAACGAACAAAGACAUUUUUACAUACAUCUACCGGAAUGUGUCUGGAGUCGAGUAACGACGAGGGUCCUGUGAUAGCAGCCUGUACAAAAAACAUCGAACAAAAAUGGUUACUUGAAUCCAUUCCGUGGAAAUAGUAUUAUUAAUUCAUUUUUUGAUAUUCCUUGUAAUCAAAUCUUAACCAGUGAAGAUGUAAAAAGGUUGUAUGUAUAUUUUUUGAAUCUCUUUUUACCUGGAUUUUGCACUUUUGUGCACGCGCCAGUAUUUCGUGCAAAUAUGUAAUCGUUUGUAAAUAAAUUCACCAUUACUUACAAAAAGAAAA